GAAAACAAAUAACUUGGUCAACCUCUCUCUGCAUCUCUUUCAGUCUCAGUUUUAUUUUUUCAGCUAAAGUAUUGAACCCUAAAUUCAAAUUUUUCGUUGCUCCUUCUCUUCUCUUAGUUUAAGCUCGAUGAGAAGCAGAGCUACUGUGGCCAAGGAUCCAACCACGAUCUUACGAAAUAGAAGGACUAAAACGUUGUCGUGUUCUGGAGCUUUUUGAUAGAAUAAAGAAUUGGGUUUGCCUCAGAAUAUGGAAACAAACCGAUUUCUUUAUCUGGGUAUGAUUCUUCUGUUGCUUACAGUUGACUUCUCUUUCGUUGAUUCGAAGGCAACUGUGAGUGCAAAAAAUGAUUUAGAUCCACAAUCAAAUAACACAACUGGUUCGACUGAGCAAGCAGGUGAAACGGGCUCAGUUUCAGAUUCUAAUGGAUCUCAUAAAGAACAGAAAGAUAAAGGAAAUCAAGAGAAUAAAUUAAAGGAGGGUAUUGAUGAUGGCAAGAAAAUUCAUGAGAAUAUGAAUGGCCAAUCUGGGUCCAAAAAAACAGACAAUGUAGUAAAGGAUGUGAAUAACUUGAACGAGAAAUUGCAUGGUGAGAGUGAUGAUAGUAAAAAGAAGACCAAGCCAAAAGAGAGUGGCGAUGGGGAGGAGCCAGGGCACACGACAAAGGGUUCCCAUGUUGAAGAAUGUGAUCCAUCUAACAAGUGUGUGGAUGAGGAUAGCAAGUUGGUUGCCUGUUUAAGAGUACCGGGAAAUGGUGCACAAUAUUCACUUUUAGUUCAGAAUAAAGGGAAAAAACCUCUCACAGUUACUAUUUCUGCUCCGGAUUUUGUUCAACUGGAGAAAACACAACUUCAGCUCCAAGAAAAACAAGACGAAAAGGUGAAGGUCUCUAUCACAGAUGGAGGAAGUGACAACCUAAUUGUCCUAAAGGCAGGAAAGGGUCAUUGCAACCUGGAUAUAAGGCAUUUGAUUGCUGACAAUUUUGACAAGAAACUUGAUAACUCUCACAAAUCCAGUUAUUUAAAUUUUGUUUUGCGAACUCCUACCAUUGUUGUACUGGCCAUUGCUGCACUUCUAAUACUUGCAGCAGGUUGUACAUGCAUCAGCAUCCGGAGGAAGCAAUUCGGCACUGGCUCUAAAUAUCAGAGGCUAAACAUGGAUCUGCCUGUUUCAGGUGGGGGAAAACCAGAAUCUGAAGUCAGUGAUGGAUGGGAUAACAGUUGGGGUGAUGAUUGGGAUGAUGAGGAGGCCCCGAAGACACCUUCACUACCUGUUACUCCAAGCUCGAAUCUCUCAUUGAAAGGCCUUGCCACGCGACGACUGAACAAGGAGGGGUGGAAAGAUUAGCCAACUAUGGAGGGGGGAAAGGAAGAAAACAUCUGUAACUUCCAUUUUUCCUCACUCUUUGUUGCCUCUUUAAUAGGUAGGCUCCAUUUUCUUUUUCCCCAGUUGCCAUAGAUACCUAAAAUGAAGUUUGACAGUUCUAUAUGCUACUACCACUUCAUGCGUAUCCUAUAUAGAAUUUUAAAAUGUGAACUAUUGAGUGAUUUUGAAAUAGAGUUGAACUAGUGAAAUUUCUAUAAACUUAGAGACUUGAGAGUAA